UGCAUGCGUUACAUGCAUCAAUCCGCGCUCCGCAUCAAUCAGGGUUGUGAUGUCUAAUUUUCCGCUUUCCCACACCCUGCUCUUUUAAGCCGAUCGAGCAGAUAUUCAGCACUCACACACUUGACCACCUACAGAACACCACCUGCCUUCAGCAUGGACGUGAGAUUCCUCUUUGUGGCGUCUGCUCUCAUUUUGGGAACCACACUAUCCAUCUCUCUGGCGGCAAGCACCGCACAAUGCAAAAUCAAAUGGUUGUUUGGCAUCUCAUGCGGCGACGUCUAUGAAAAGCUGGUGAGCCAGAUCAAGGCCUGGCAGAUCAGACAAAGCUGUCUGCACGCAGGAGAGAGGUGCUCCUAUGAGCUUGUGUCAUCGGAGCCGUACCUGAUCAAGGCCACGCACACGUCUCCAACAACAAAGAAGGUGAAUGACCUUGAGUUUCUUCUGGAGCAGUCCACCAUCUGCAAAGUGACUGGAGACGCCGUGUCCGAGUUCUCCAAAGAUCCAGCGGACAACAGCACAAACUACUGCAGCCAGCAGAACCUGAUGGAUGGAAGCAAACUGGUUGACGCUGAAGGAUACAAGCAGUUCAGCAACAAGUGGAUCUGUCCUGGGUUUGAUUCUGCAAACUGCAGCCUGUCCUGAGAUGAGAGUCCAUACUCCUGACUCCAAAUGUCAAUGGAUGAAGAAUAGUUGUGUGAAGACUGAUUCCUACACGCACCAUUACAAGUUAUGUUAAAAUUUUGAAUUGUAUUAGCAUUUAAUCAUAAAACUCAAGUAACAUUUUCUUUAAAAUCAUUCCAAAUGCAGUGGAAUAAAUUCUAACCCUUGAUGCACCGUAGCUUUUUCCGAAAUAAUAUACAGUUGUCUCUACUUGCCU